AUGUCGCAUCCUCCUCCCUCGAAGAAGAGAUAUUAUUAUUCGAAUGGUGGUCCCAACCAUAUGAUGAGGUACGGAAGUUCGUUUCCGAAGAAGAGCUACGCGGGAAACGGCGGCUACGGGAUGCUACCUAGCGGUAGCACCCCGGCCGCGAUCCCGGCCGCAGCCAGCGAGAUCCCGAGGCCGUCCCGAUACGAUCCCAGCUCUCCCAGUAGACCGGUGUCGAGCAGAAAUCCAGGUAGCCGGUACAAUCCAGAGGUAGAGGUCGAAACACAGCCAUUUGCAGGGGACCCACAUAUGAAACCGUCUGGUUCCCGUUAUUCCGGGAGCAGAUAUAACCAGGGUCAGGCCCAGCAGGCGAGGCCGAGAUCGAUGGAGAUGGCCAAGAAGGACUCUUCUUAUGGCUAUCCGAUGGCCGGCGGUAAUGGGCCCGCAAACGCCAGUCUCAAUACAGCCAGCGGUUACUACUCCCGAAGCAACAAAUGGAGGUCACAGAGUUUUUCGAAUUUAAAUAUGGAUCAUUACGACAAUUACAGUGGCUCUGCGGCGAGGCCGCCUUUUUGGAAAUCUCAAAAGAGUAAAUUUACAACUGUCCCCCCGUCAUCACAGGGCCCUAGGAGGACUACACCAUCACCUACUAUUGCUUCCUCAGGUCAUUUCAGUCGGUUCAACGGAUCGUCGUCUCGUAGAGAAAGCGGUGACGAGUCAGAGGUUAUACCCGAGAUAAAUGGGUUAGACGCCAGAGAUGAGAACCCACAUUCUUUGGGAUCCAGCUUGAUUAAUUCAGUUGCGGAGACAACUCGGAAAGUGGAAAAAGAACAUGCAGCGAAUCUCAAACGGACGAGUCUAGACAAAUCGACUUUCCUUCCGUCCAAAGAGCCACCAAAGGCCACUGAAGAUGAAGAAUUGGAGAAAACAUCGCCUGAAACUGCUAAAGAAGUGUCUAAACCGCUUAAGAAAACAUCCGAAAUGUGGUCGUCUUCAGGUACGUCCCUAAAUGAGCUAAAGGAAUUAGUGAACGAGGAUUCAGAAAAGCAGCGGAUUGAAGAAGAACCCAUUUUCCAUAAGGAACCAUCAAAGAUUUAUGACGAUUACGAAUUCAUUUAUGAGCCAGACCUCCUCAAAACAGAUUUGAAAAAAUUAUCACCACAAGAACCAAAGGUUGGCUAUAGCAUACCCAUAAAGCCACUUGACAAAUGCAUUUUUCCACUCUCCAAAGCUGAAACGAGACUCUGGGAACUUAAGAAUCAAUCAAGGGAAAAAGUCAUUGAGAAACAAAGAUAUCUUCUCCGGCAGCCCAUUAAAGCCGUCAGCUCAUAUCCCUUCAUCCAACAAAAUCUUCUUAUCCAUAGACAAGCUCUGCGACCACUUCUUUGCCGGAAGAUCGCAUCUGUAAAAAGAUAUGAAUAUCUGAGGAAGUUACAACUCAAGAAGCAGUUUUCUGAUCUUCAAGCGACCUGGGUUGAAAAUUGCGAGCAAAUUGAUGAAAUGAGCAGGAAAAUGAGGAAAGAAGAGUUGGAGCGUAAGAGGCAAGAGGAGUUAGAGGAAAAAGAGCGAGAAAUGAACGAGCGAAAGCUAUCAGAGCGUAAUUCAGGAAUAUCCGGAUCGUCACGAAGACGCAAUAGGGCGGAUUUUGUGGACGACGCAGAGAUCGAAAAUGUUUUACUUCAAAUUGACCCGGACUACAAACAUCAUCAACAAGCUGCAGAUAUACCCCCAAUGAUAAUAAAUCCUGUGGAAAGAUAUACUUUGAAACUGAAGAAUGUCAACAAUCUCGUCACGGACAAACAUCUAUGGGCCUCAAGGAUCUUGAAGGAUGGUGUAGACACUUUUACCCAGAAUGAACACGAGCUCUUUGUGGAGGGUUACUUAACAUACCCGAAAAAGUUUGGCAAGAUUUCUCAAUUUAUGGGAGGCCUAAGGUCCCCAGAGGAAUGCGUUCUGCACUACUACAAAAGUAAGAAUACCGUCGGUUACAAGAAACUGCUAAAUGAUAAGAACAAGAAGAGACAGAAGGGUGCAACAGCCAAACGUCGCAAAAAGAAAGAAAGAAGCUCUGAAGUAGAUGUUGAAAUAUCAACUUCCAACAAUGAAGCUGAUACUUCAGUGCGCAACGCAGAUAUCAAUAAGGAGACUACUGUCGUUACAUCCCCUGAAGAUAAGAACAUUGUCAGUAUGCAUGAGAAACCGUUCAAACAGAUGGAGCAAGUAGUAAUUAAAAUUCCAGAAACUCAAGAUAUGAGCAAUAACAUGAGUGCGAAGGUACCGCGAAAAGAACAGAGAACAGUAGAUGAAGAAGCAGUCAAAAGUCAAAAGGAUGAGCAAAAAUUGGCGGAAGGUAAUAGCAACAACAUGGCUCACCAAAAGCCCUAUCCACUCUCCCCUAUGCCAGACAAAAGUGAUAUAGAUGCGUCUGGGCUGAAGAAAAGAGCUCAUGAUGGCGAUGGCAUCUUCACCAAUGCGGAGAAAACCAUAUUGGAUGAGCAGCCGCCUACAGAUAACAAUACAGAUUCAGCUAAUGAGCAGCCACCCAGAGUCGCAGAAAGUAUCGAACAGCCAAGUGAUUCGCAGCGUUCCGAGAUUUCAAAUGAUGACAACCUUCAAAGAAAAAGACAUAAGAGCAGUGCUGAUCACAAAUCGAGUUAUUGGAGUGUGAAGGAGGCAAAUCUGUUCCCUGAAUUGCUGAAACAGUUUGGCUCACAGUGGUCACUCAUCUCAGAGAAGCUGGGAACCAAGUCGACAACUAUGGUGCGAAACUACUACCAAAGAAAUGCCGCACAGCUCGGAUGGAAAUCCAUAGUCGAAGAGGCUGAUUUCAGGCGGAACGCAACGAGCUCCGGUUCUGUUCAGCAAUCUCAGAUUCUAAUCCAGGCGGAGCAAAAUUCUUUACAAACAUCCAAUGGAAUCCCGCCCCAGCAGAGGCCUGCUUUAGGAUUCUUUUCAAACCAAGCACCGUCUGAGAAAAAGCUACCAGAUAUCACAACCGCCUCUCAACUUUACACACACAAGUCCAAUAGAGACUCAUUUUCGCAGGCUUUAACUCCCACCAGCACUCUACCACCACCUAGAUUGCCUUCCAUCCAAUUGCCUGGUACUGUGCCUGCAGAAUCGACGAAAAUUGAACCACUGAACCAGCCACUACAACUAUCUCCAUCUCCUACUGAAAAUUUACUAUGCAAGCAGGAAAAGCCAGCAGGCGCCGUCUCAUCCAUCAUGAGUAUUCUGAAUACCGAUGACAAGAAACAAAGCUAUGUUCCUCCUCUGGUCCUCCAAUCGACAAAUCAGGUUCCACAUUUCGGUCAGCUGCAGCACAGCCAACCGACAAGCGCCGUCCGUCCCAGUGUGGGAAAAGUUGUCGUGCAGGAUCUGCAGAACUCUUCCUCAUCUUCACCGGAAAAUCGUCGUUCAAGCUCGAUUUCCUCACUUCUGAAUCCCGAGCACCAGCAGCUGCUACGCGCUCAACCGCAGACAACCCUUCCACGCAGAGCUUUAGAUAAAGGCUCGCUGGCCUGUCCUCCUCCGCUUGCUCAGCCUCAGCAAACUAACUUCAAUUUCGCAGUGGAUCCAUUGGGCGCCCUAGCGGCCAUAGCUUCAGAAUCUUUGCUUCCUCCUCAAGCACCCAAACCGAGCGGCAACCAAGGCAACAAUACUUAG